UGUUUGGGAUUUUUUUGGCUCCUGUAUUAGGGUAACAAUAUAAUUUUAAAAAUAUUUGACCGAUUAACCCGCAAACAAUUGUGUUGUGAACCAGUACCAUUAAAACAAAAAUCACAAUGCAGUGUUCACAAAUGAAAAAUAUCCUUAUUCUAUCAUUUGGAAUUUUACUGCUAUACACAGCUUAUAUGGGACUUCAAACUCUGCAGAGUAGUCUAAACAAGAUUCAAGGACUUGGUGUUGCCUCACUAAGUGUGAUGUAUGUAACUCUCAGCAUUUCAUCUUUGUUGCUGCCUCCUUUACUGAUAAAGAAACUUGGCUGCAAAUGGACCAUUGUAGCUUCUAUGUUUUGCUUCAUUUCAUACAGCCUGUGCAACUUCUACCCAAGCUGGCCUACACUGAUAAUCUCAUCUAUACUUGUGGGACUUGGCGGAGGACCCCUUUGGGCUAGCAAGAGUACCUAUAUCACAAUAACUGGAAAUAAACACGCUGAAAUGUCUGGCCAACCUGCUCAACAUGUGGUAAACCAAUAUUUUGGCCUCUUCUUUUUCAUUUGCCAAACAUGUCGUGUCUGGGGAAACCUAAUCUCAGCAUUAAUAUUCCACCUAACACCAAAUGCAGGAAGCCUAGAUGCCACCAAUCAAACUAUUUGUGGGGCAGGUGACUGUCCAGUUCAAUCAGCACAGUCAGCAAAUGAUACAGCCGGUCCAACCAAAACUGUAAUUUACAUUCUUUUGGGAUCCUACACUGGAUGUGGAGUAUUAGCUGUGCUGCUAAUCAUUAUAUUCUUGGAUCAAACACAUACCGACAGAGAAAAGAAUAAAGAUAGCCAAACAUCCUGCUGUUCAACCUUAUUAUCGGCACUGAAGCAUCUACGUGAUAAACGUCAGUGUCUUCUCAUUCCACUUACUAUGUUCAGUGGUUUUGAGCAAGGAUUCAUUGCUAGUGAUUUUACAAAAUCAUAUGUAACCUGCAUCUUGGGACUAAAAUAUGUUGGCUUUGUAAUCAUAUGUUUUGGAGUUACCAACUCAAUUUGUGCUGCUCUUUUUGGAAAACUCGCCCAAUAUACUGGACGGAUUCCUUUGUUUUUACUAGGAGCAGCAAUUAAUAUUGGAUGCAUAAUUGGCUUUCUUGUAUGGAAACCCAGUACUAGUAACUUUGCUGUAUUUUUUGUGAUGUCUGCACUUUGGGGGAUUGCCGACGCGGUUUGGCAGACACUACUGAGCUCUUUAUAUGGUAUUCUCUUUGAAAAGAAUAAAGAAGCUGCCUUUGCCAAUUUCUCUCUAUGGGAAUCUAUUGGAUUUGCCAUUGCCUUUGGUUACAGCUCGUUUCUUUGUGUCUACAUCAAGCUCUACAUUUUAAUGUGCGUGAUUGUAAUAGGAAUUCUUCUUUAUGGAGCAGUGGAAUAUAUAGAAUUCAGGAAUUCUCUCACAGUCACAGAAGAAGGGCCAAAAGAUCACGAUCAGCAUGCCACAACAUAGACCUCUGCAAAUGUUUUUUUAAGAUUUGUUCUGUAUGCAUGUUUAUCAUUAAUAUGUUGAAUAUUUCACAUCUCUUGGCAUUCGCUAGAAUAACAGCAGAGUAUGCCUGGCAUAUGAUUGUUUACAUUUUUCAGUUACUAAUACUAAUAGAUUUUUACUGAAUCUACAAACCACCCUGUAUAAUGUAGGUGCUAUUUUCAAGGCACUGUUUAAAGAUGGCCGGUUACUUAAUUCCACCAAUUCUUCAUUUCAAACUACUACUAGGUAAUAUACUACUAGGUAAUAUCAGGAACACUUUGACAACAUCCUUCGUUUAGGUAAAGACCAUUUUCAUCUCAAAAUGUUUAUUCAAUAUUAAAAAACUUUGGCCUUUAUUUUCUA